UACGUGACCGUGACGCACACGGUGACAGGUUGAGCAGUGUUUAUUUCUCAGUCCGGAACUUGGCGUCUCUGCUGCGCCUUCCUAUUUACUGACGUUCCACAGGAGUCCGUUUUCACACCGAAAACCUUCAGAGGGACAUGCGCACUGAGACUGGAGCUUCAGAAUGAGAGCGACACAGCGAAAACUGCGACCUGGUUCACACACUGUGACUUUAUGAAAGUACCACCGGUGUUUAGCGUUUGACUUUUUGUUAAUGUCUUAUAAUUCAAGCUCCGUAUGUGUCGGUGAAUAUGAAGUUUAAUGGUUAUCUGAAGCUCCGCAUUGGAGAGGCGGUGGGACUGAAGCCGACAACCUUCUCCCUGCGGCACUCUGUCAUCUUCAACAAGGCGCCACCUGCGCUCGACCCCUACAUCGUGGUCAAGGUGGAUGACUACAAAAUAGGACAAACCAACACGAAGCUGAAAACCAACAGCCCGACCUACAACGAGGAGUUCUGUCUGAACGUGAACGAUGGCAGAAACGUCGAGCUGGCUGUUUUCCACGACACUCCGAUUGGUUAUGAUGACUUUGUGGCCAACUGCACCAUUAAGUUCGAGGACCUCAUUAAAACCUCCAACACUGGAGAGACCUUUCAGGGAUGGAUGGAUUUGGAGCCAGAGGGCAAAGUCUACGUCCUUAUUACGCUCAACGGAUCCUUCACUGAUGAUGACGCCAUCGUGAAGUCAAAGGCCUUCAAACAGUUUACAAGAAAGAGGCAGGGAGCAGUGAGGCGGAGGAUCCACCAAGUCAACGGACACAAGUUCAUGUCCACCUUUCUUCGCCAACCCACCUUCUGUUGUCACUGCCGAGAGUUUAUCUGGGGUGUUUUUGGAAAGCAGGGUUACCAGUGUCAAGUUUGUACCUGCGUAGUUCACAAACGAUGCCAUCAGCUGGUUGUCACCGUGUGUCCACGCAUGAAGAAGGUGGCAAAGGAACAGCCCACAAACCAAGGCUUCAGCAUAAAUGUUCCUCACAAGUUCAACAUCCACAACUACAAGUCGCCAACUUUCUGUGAUCACUGUGGCUCGCUGCUGUGGGGGCUCGUCAGACAGGGGCUGCAUUGCAAAAUUUGCAAAAUGAAUGUUCACAUCCGCUGCAAGAGCAACGUAGCACCCAGCUGCGGCGUGAACAGCGUGGAACUUGCCAACACGCUUGCAGAGAUGGGCCUGCAGGCCGGAGGACUCUCCAAACGCAACUUAGAGAUCAAAAGUGAAAGUCAGACAAAGGCGCCUGUUGAGAGUCCGGAGAUAACGGAGCCACAGCAGCAGACUGCACAUCUGGGGCUCGCAGAUUUCACCUUCCUUCAAGUACUUGGCAAAGGUAGCUUUGGAAAGGUGAUGCUGGCGAGACUAAACGGAAAAGAACGUGUUUUUGCCAUCAAGGUGUUGAAGAAAGACAUAAUUCUGCAGGACGAUGAUGUGGAGUGUACCAUGACGGAGAAGAGGGUGCUCUCUCUAGCUCGCUGUCAUCCUUACCUCACACAACUGUACUGCUGCUUCCAGACACCGGACCGGCUGUUCUUUGUGAUGGAGUUUGUGAAUGGUGGCGACCUAAUGUUCCACAUCCAGAAAUCCAGGAAGUUUGAUGAGGCCCGAGCAUGCUUCUACACAGCGGAGAUCACGUCAGCGCUUAUGUUCCUGCACACUAAAGGCAUCAUCUACAGAGAUCUAAAACUGGAUAAUGUUCUCCUGGACAAAGACGGUCACUGUAAACUGGCAGAUUUUGGCAUGUGCAAGGAGGGCAUCUUUGAUGGAGUAGCUACAGGCACAUUCUGUGGUACCCCGGAUUACAUUGCUCCUGAGAUCCUACAGGAGAUGCUUUAUGGACCCUCUGUGGAUUGGUGGGCGCUUGGAGUGCUGCUAUACGAGAUGCUGUCAGGACACGCUCCCUUUGAAGCGGAAAAUGAAGAUGACCUCUUUGAAUCCAUCCUCAGCGAAGAGGUUAUAUAUGCGUCGUGGCUAAGCGCUGAAGCAGUGAACAUACUCAAAGCUCUCCUGACCAAAAACCCGGCCCACCGUCUGGGCUGUGUGGCAUCGGAGGGCGGAGAGGACGCCGUGACCCAGCAUGCCUUCUUUGCUGCAAUUGACUGGGACAAACUGAACCGUAGAGAGAUAGAGCCACCAUUCAAGCCCAGGAUUAAAACACCAGAAGACGUCAACAACUUUGACCCCGACUUUACUCAGGAAGAGCCGACCCUCACGCCCAUUGAUGACCCCAUCUUCCCGUCCGUCAAUCAGGAGGAGUUUUGUAACUUCUCUUUCACAUCUCCUGAACUGCUGGACAGCUAGAAGUCUUCUCACUGACCCUCCAGUCAGUCUGCACUUAUCUCUCCUCUUGGUGUCAGUAGAUUGACCAAAACCUGCCUCGACCACCUUCUACAGUAUUACGCUGUCACACUCCCCAGAGACAUGACAGCUGAAAGUGUCAAGUAGUGAGACAAGCACUUGCUCAACAAGGACUUCUUAAGGAAUUCUUAAGGGCUUGUACUGGGGGGGUGAAAAAAGUCACAUGAAGGUUUUAUCAGCUUUAUGAAGGACAUUUAAUUUUAAAUAUGAUUCCGCUUUGAUGCAUCUAUGUAGGUUUUAGUGAAGAGACAAUGAUGCCGUCAUGUUCAUAUUUUAUAAAUGUGCUUAGCAGCCAUGUGAGGUAUUACACCGUGUGCAAAACUUCACUUACUGUCAGACUGAUGUAGAGAAGAAGUUAAUCAUUUCAAUGGAAGUGGAAAGAUGGAGAAUAACAGAUUCACACCCUCUAGUGGUCAUGCAGUCUGCCGGCAAUUGGAUGAUGGGACACGUAUUUUUCCAAACUCUGGUUGCAUUGGAGGAAAACUGACAGUACACUCAUUGGUCACUCCAUUAGGUUGACUUGUUCAUCUGCUUGAUUGAGCAAACAGCUAAGCAGUCAAUCAUGUGACAGAAACGCAAAGCAUUUAUCGUGCCAGCAUGCUCUGAAGGAUCUGCUGAAGUUCAAAUGUGGCAUCAAAAUGGGGCAGAAAAGUGAUUUAAGUGACUUUGAAUGUGGCACGGAGGCAGGGGCAGAGCCAGGAUUUUGUAAGGGCGAGGGGGGGCAGUGUGGUGUGGAUUUGUGAAUGGGCCAGGCAUAGCUGAAAGAUCACACUUUCCUGAGGUGGGUCUGGGACAUGCCCCCGAGAAAAUUUUGAAUUUUUAGGUGCCAUUUCCUGCAUUUUGGUAUGUAUUUCACCACAGAAUACACCAUAGAGAAAAGAUACUUUAUAACCUGUUUGUAUUCAUUUGAACUUGUACUGUACAAUCUUGAAUGUGAUGCCGUGAUGUUACAAUGAAAACUAACAGAGAACGUUUGAAAUGUCUGUGACUAAAAAAGUGAACACCCUUGCUGAAUCAUGGCGUGGUACAAAUGUAUCUAGCUGACUCACUUGUUGCUGAAUAGAGGCUUCAGAAAGGGCAUUCAGUGGGGAUAUGUUUCUUUGGGGGUCCAUGAAAGGGAACCCCACACCCCCCUUGGAUCUGCUCCGGCAUGGAGGUUCUUACCAGAUGGGCUGGUUUGAGUAUUUCUGAAAUUGCUUGUCUACUGGAUUUUUCACCCACAACCAUCUCUGGGUUUAUAGACACUCAUUUGAAAAAGAAGUAACACCCAGUGAGCGAUAGUUCUUUGGAAGUAAAUGCCUUGUUGAUGGCAAGGAUCAGAGAAGAAUGGCGAAGCUGGUUUAAGUUCAUAGAAAGGCAUCACCAAACUGAAAUAACCACUCAUUACACCCAACGCGUGGUGUAGGAGCAUCUGCCUCACCAUAUAACUGCCCAGGGUCUGGGAUGGCAAUCACAUAAGCAAACAACCGAUCCUGUUAUAUCAAGGUGUGCAGAAGAACAUCUCUGAAUGCACAACACAGGCUCACCAAUAUUGGACAGUUGGACACUUGUUACAGAGUCUGAUGAGUCUUAAUUUCUGCUGCAACAUUCAGAUGAUUGGGCAUAAAUAGCAUGAAAGAAAGUAACCAUGUUAUCUACACUUCAGGCUACUGAUGAUGUACCAGCUACAUGAAGCUAUCGUCCCAAUAUGGAUCCAAAUGUCUGAGGAAUGUAUCAAGCACCUUGUUGAAUCUAUUCCAUGAACAAUUAAGGGUGAUCUAAAGGCAACAAGGGGAUCUAAAGGCAAUAGGCGGUUCAACCGGUACUAGUAAGGUAUACCUAAUAAAGUGGAAAGUAGCUGUCAGUGCAAUCUACAGGAAUACAUGGAAGGCUCUAUGAGGCUGUAAACAAAAGAUUGUGCCUUUAUUUUGGACCAAAUAAAGUAUGAUAUCUGCCUAAAUGGGUCAGAUCCCCCUCCCCGCCCUUGCAGAUUUAUGGUGGCACUACCUUCCAAAGAACACCAGAGCAGGUGGCUCAGUGGGUUAAGUUGUUGGUCUAUCAAUACGUAGGCAUGGGUUUGAUUCUUG